GUGAGUGUAGCGCCGACUGUCGGGAUGCGUUGAGCGACUACACGGACCGUAGGGAGCAACGGCUGUUAUGGAGAUUAUUUUAUUUCCCUUGAAAGCUAACGGAGAGAACUUAAGCGUGAUUAAACGGACAUGAGUUUACCGAUUGAGUUCAACUGAAGCAAAAGAACUUGUCUUCCUGGUCUAUAUAGAAAAAGUUAUUAAGAAUAUGAUCCGUCAUUGGCAGUCAUCUACAUCUCUACAUCACCCCAUUGGAUCUCCAGUUUGUUUGCAGCUCUCAUCAGACGUUUGGAUGCCAGAAUUGCAAGUGUGAAAGAGUCGAAUGCCUAUGAGAGGAGUCAGCAGAAGAUCCAAGCAGAAGCCACAGUCUUUGUGGUGUCAGAAGGAAUUGUGAAGGAGUUGAUAGCAUUGACUUGAAAGAUAUGGCAGAGCAUGCUGAGCUGCUAGCGGAGAUGGCAACUAUCGGCCGUCUCUCGGCCACAGAGCGCCUGAAGCAUGCACAGAAGAGACGGGCGCAGCAGCUGAAAGGCUGGGCUCAGAUGGAGAAGGACAGUGCCCGUGGUCAAAAGGGCAAUCACAAGGGAGAUGGGGUGAAGAAAAGCAGAAGGGUAACCUUCAACACCAGUGUGACUUUGCUGGAGGCUGCAGCCAGGAAUGAUGUAGAGGAGGUACGACAGUUGCUCAAUAAUGGAGUCAGUCCAGACUUGUUCAACGAGGAUGGGCUCACUGCACUUCAUCAGAGCUGCAUAGAUGAUUUUUUGGAUAUAGCGCGUUGUCUUCUGGAUGCGGGUGCAAACGUGAAUGCGUGUGACAGUGAGUUAUGGACCCCUUUACAUGCAGCGGCCACCUGCGGACACACUGACCUCGUCCAGCUGCUGAUAGAAGCAGGUGCAGACCUGUUGGCGGUGAAUGCAGAUGGAAACAUGCCAUAUGAUCUGUGCGAGGAUGAGGCUACACUAGAACUCAUAGAGAUGAUCAUGGCAGAGCAGGGGAUUACUCAGGAGAGAAUUGAUGAAUGUCGUGGAGCCAAGGAGAGAGCAAUGUUGUCUGACCUUCAGGAGCUGGUUGCGAGCGGAGCUGAUCUGAAUGUGAAGGACGAGCAGGGGGCCACUCUGCUGCAUGUAGCAGCUGCUAAUGGAUACACGUCAGUUGGGGAACUGUUGUUGGAGCAGAGAAUAUCUCCAAACGACAGGGACGUUGACGGGUGGACGCCACUCCAUGCUGCUGCCUGCUGGGGACAGAUCCAGAUGGUGGAGCUGUUGGUAGCUAAUGGUGCGAAUUUAAACGCCAAGUCUGAGCUGGAUGAGACGCCUCUUGAUGUAUGCACUGAUGAGGAGGUCCGGGCCAAAAUGAUGGAGCUGAAACACAAACACGAUGCCAUCAUGAAGGGUCAGGACAAGCACAAGAACACAUUGCAGAGACGAGUGUCCAGCACGGGCAGCAGAGGUAAAGUAGUGAGGCGCACCAGCGUGAACGAGCGCAGCAGUCUGUACCGCAGAGAGCAUCAGAAGGAAGCCAAAGUGUGGCAGGAGAGAGGAAGACAGACAGAUGCUCUGGAUGAUGAUGAAGACCGACAGACUGAUGCUGAGCUAAACCUGCACGCUGCACUGGUGUCUGGUUCUAAUGCGAGCCCUGUUCCUCCAUUAGAGGUCGGCGAAGUGGAAAAUGGAGCUCAAGUUUUGGGAAACGGCAGUACGGCUUCGUUUUCUUCUUCACUUCCAGGAGAACUCCAGGGUGGGGGGCGCAUGGAUCGCAGCGCCUCCUAUCAGCUCGCUUCGGCUGCCGUUGGAGGAGACAGCAUGAGCAGAGAGAGAUCUCACCACACGCUCGCAGAUCUCAAACGCCAGAGAGCUGCAGCUAAAUUGCAGAAACAUCCAGCACCUCCUAUACCCCUGUCUGCAGACCCUCAAGAUGAGGUCGUUCCUGAAGUACCCCAGGAGUCUCCUGAAUCAGUACAACAGGAUGUGUCCCCCAGUGCAGUGUACUUUACCCAGGCUAGCGGAGAUCCACCUUUGCUGAAGCUGAGAGCACCAGAAGAAGACACGACUAAUACGAAAGAGCCAUGCUGUGGACUCAUGUAGAAGCAGCAGACGAACAAUGUUUGGUUUUCUGUGGACUACGUGGACAAACUAAAAUUGUAAGGCAGGUACGUGGAACUGAAUUUUGUCCAAGUCACGCUUUCUCUCUCAAUAGCACAUAGAGCGAGCGAAGUCACAUUUUGUCACGUGAAGAUAAGUUUUGAAGUCACUCAAGAAAUCAUAAAAAAGAAGACCAAAGUGCACACAUUUAGAUAAUUUCAUGGAUUAGUUGCAUUAUUGCGGUAUUUUAAUCUUUUAAGAUCAUAUAAUUGUAUUUUAAUCGAUAUGGUCGUUAAAGUUUCAAAGUAUUGACUCAACUGUUCAAUACAUAGAGAAAAAAAAACUGACACUGAGCACUUUACUUGACCAGACUUUCAGCAAUCUUUAUAACGUUGAUAGAUAUACACGUAGAAGUAUACUGAUUACAAAUAAGCACAUUUGAAUUGCACUGAUCAAAAUAAAGCUGCAUUCCAUUCACAUUUCUGCUAUGAUCUUACAACUAGCAUUUUUAUUCACAUCUGCGUGGCACCAUUUCACAAUGCUUAUUGCUUUCAGCAAACUCGUAUCCCAGCAUUUAUGUUUUUUUUCCCACCAUAUUUUUAUUUUUGUUCAUGACACUUUGUAUCAAUAGAAACAAUAAAAACAAAAUGAAAGACAUUGACAACAAAGGUUAAUAGGUCUGAGUACCUUCUGGCAAUUUGGUUUAAGAAAAUCUCAAAUUUAAACGCCUUAUUUUUGACUUAAUUUAAAAAUCGAAAAUUUUAACUCACUUUCUUCGUGUAUAUAUAAAAAGGAGGUUACAGCUUUAAUACUUACACAUCACAUUUUGGACAGUGAAUUAGUAGCAGAAUUUUGACUUCUUUAAUAAUUUGAUUAUAAAAGCAUUGUUUCUAAAACGUAUUCCAAAACAUAAUUUGUUUAGUUCAAUAAGACUAAUUAAUGUAAUCUUAGUACUCCGGGAUUAUAUGCGCCGUCUUUUUAAUCUUUGCUAAAAUGCUUCUCAGAUCACAUAGUUUUUUAAAUUUUAUUUAUUUUUUUAGUGCAACUGUAUUCUGAUUAGCAAAGACUUAGCAAGGAACUGUACAUUUAGACACAGUUCAAAUUAUAAACUGUAUGUACAACAUCAUGUAUUCCAGCAAAGUUUAUUGUCACUUCAUUUUCAUGAUGACUUAAUUGUCAUUAAGAAAUGGUCAUUUAGUGCUGCCCAUACAUGAAAAUAAAAUACUUAAGCUGUGAACUCCAAUAGUUUUUUUUCUUUUUUGAUUUUUUUUUUGGUCCAUUGGUUAAAAAAAAAAAAAAAAAGUCAAACUAAAUUUUCUUCUUUGAAUUCAAAUUUUUCCAAUAAAAUUGGAAGGUAUGCAGACAUGGUUUUCGAUUGGAACAAAGCGUGAUUGGACAUUUAUUUUUAAAACCGAUAGGCCUAUUAAAAUAAAUGCAAUGCAUUUUUUCCAUUUUAUAGACAGUGACCAUUUUCCUUUUUUUUUUUUUUAACCGUGACAACAAAGAUUGUACUAUGGAUUGUAUGGAGGUAUUUUUUUUUUAGAAAUGGUCAAAAUGUGAAUACAUUAUGAAUACAUUUUUAUAUGAAUAUAUAAAAUAAAUGUAUUUUUACUCCUGCUAUGGAAACAUCUAAUUAAUUGCACAAAAUGUAUAUGUGUAAUUAAUAUUUCAUACAUGUUCUCAUGUAAGAGAUAUUUUGAGAAACUAUAGCUGAAUAAUUAUAAAAAUAUAAAUUCCUUACGAGUUCUCAGUGAAAGCAGUCGGAUACAGCCCACAGAAAAGAAUUAAUGCUUUUUGCACCUGUAUAUUAAAUGUAAAGCAUGCUAGAAUUUAUGAUUUAUCUUUUUUCUGAUUUUCAAUUUAAAUUUUGUAUAAGGAGAAUGAGCUUGGAUCUGAAUGUUAAAACCAUUUAAAGAUCUGUAUUUAAUUUUAAAAAGGAAAAAGGAAUGGACACAAAAGUACAAGGACCACCGAUUGUUAACAUUUUACAUUAUAAUGUAGCUUAUUUGGGUAGUUUUAUAUUUUACUCAUGAUCAAUAUUCAUUGAGAUUUAAAUGGAAUGAGUGAUGGAAACACUUUUUCACAAUGAUUGGCAGAAAUAAUGACUUUCAAAAAUAUCUUCAGUUUAAGCAAUUUGGGACUUAAUUUACCAUCUAAUAUUUGGACUUUUAUUUCUCCACAUGAAUGCAUAUUCAAAGUCUUAUAGUUUUUUUUUUACACAUUGUUUACCUGCUCUGAUCACAUUUAGUUCUUUGUUUUGAUACUCUGUCUUAAAAUGUCAAGAAAUGUGUCAGUGUUCUAAAUGCAACUACAAAAUAAUUUUGUUCUAUGAGGUUUGGCUUGAUUUGUUUUUUUUUUUAAAUAAUAACUAAAUAAUCAACAAUUCAGCAACAUUACAUCCACUCUUUAUCUUACAUACAUAUGUAUAACCUUAUGCACUGUAGUCUAUUUGUUUCAAACUAUGGUCUGUAAAAUGCUUGUAUUGAUUUCAUUGAUUUAUUUUUUUUUUGUUAUUUAUUUAAUGAACUUUGUAAACAAACAGUUUGUGUGAUGUUCAAGAUAUGUUAGGACAUAUAGACUCAAUGAAAAGCAGAUGCUAAUCUCAAACAUUUCACGUUUGUCAAAUAUACUGAUCAUUUUGGAAUUACAUAUAAUUGAGUUUAUAUUUUAGGAACAAAGUACAUAAAAUUGAUAUUCCAGAAUGCGACAUCUCAGCUGAGUAAUUUCUAGGUGAAACGGUCCAUUUGGAUGCUGAGGUCUAUAUUUAGUAUAAAUUGAUAAAUGUUUUUUUCAGGGUUAUUUAUUUUUGAAUUUUUGUUGUAUAUUUAAACUGGAAAUAUCUGUGUAAUCUGGACUCUACUAUGAAAUAUGCUAAUAUUUCAUCUUGAUAUGCAGUGUUUACUAUAGAACAGCACUUUUCACAUUAUACAAUGCCUUAAAUGUAAAAUUCUUUUUUUGGACAUCCAUUUUGUACAUUUCUAUGUCAUCUACAUCCUCUGUUAAAUGAAACGCUGAUGUCUGUAAAUAUAUUAAAGAGACUACAACCAGGUUUGAAUAAAAUGCAAGUGCAUACUGAAAUUAAUAUAAUUCUGUUUUUAAGAAAUGAUUCCUCUCUGGCCUGAACAUGAAGUAGUUUAAUGUAAUAAUUUUUUUUUAAUUAAAUAGUUCCUAUGCAAACUACACUGACGUUGUACAAGAAUAGUUGGAACUGUUCAAAGUAAGACGGGGCUGUGAUAUUCAUUUUAUAACUUGAUUUUGUCAUUAAUCACUCACCUCCACGUCGUUCCAAACCCGUAAAAGCCUUGUUUGUUGUUUGCGUUGUAUUGAACGCAAACAAUAUAGCUACUUUAUUCAAUUUGUCUCCCCUGCGUCUCCCUGCGUCACUGUUGCUAAAUUUUGCAGAGUAUCUGCUGGACACUCUUCUGUGUCUGCUGCGCUACAAGGAUAUGCAUACGCUUUGAUUUGAACGAAAACAGUGCAGCUGAUAAAGAAAAGUGUACGCCAUUUGCUUCCAGCACUCUCUCCAAAAGGCUGUACGGCGAUGCGGAGAGACAGAGGAGACAAACCGUUGAUUAAAGUCUAUGUUUUCAUUUACUUUAUGUAAAAAAAAAUGACUCUCGUCUCUUCAUAAAAUUCAAAUUGAGCUACUGAUGACAGAUGGAUUAUGUCUUGCAUACUUUUCUGGGCCUUUUCUUGGGAGUCGAGCUGGUUUUCUUAUCUUAAAUUGUCUUUAAAAAAAGCUUUUCCUGAGUUUGAAAUGACAUGGGAGUGAGUAAUUGACAAAACUUUAAUUUUGAGGUGGAGUAACCCUUUUAGUUUUUUUAACAAACUACACCAUGUUCUCAAGACUUCGAUGUCAAAUUCAUAAAGCUUCCAACAACUCUUUAUUGUAAAUCUUUUUCUGAAAGUUUGAGUCUAAGUGAUGACACAAAGCAGCAAAAGCAGACGAGUAGAUGGGGUUUCAGGUUUAGCGUGAUGAAGUUGAAUGUUCCCAACAACUUAUUGUCCCGAUUAGCCGCUUUUUAGCAAAAUGUCGCUUUAGGUCCAGGACCUAAUCAGCUUUGGAAAAUGGAUGGGAUAGAUGCUUUGUAGAUGGACUGCUGUGUUCACGUUCUCUCCCUUUGGAGGCCUGGCUAACUUUCUCCCACCGUUAUAAAUCUUCAGUGAUUGGCUCAUCGGGAAUUUAAACAAAGGUGGCUUUUUCUGCAUACUUAGUUGAAAAACAAUGUGAGAAAUGUUCAAGUCUUUCUUUAUUUAAGCUUAAUAACUUGCAAGUAUCUCGUCAACAUUCCCAGUGUUUUUAAGAUUAAAAAAAAAAAAAAAAUUACAUUGCAUCUUGUCAGAACAGAAAAAAAAGAGAUGAGUUGUUUUCAACAUUU